UUUGCUUCCGGGUCUUGGGCUUUGGCCCCCGGUGCAGAGGACUCUGGGAGCCAAGAGUCGUUAUGGCGUCUGUGUGAUCUCCGGAGGCUGCUGAGUCGGACCUCGGCUAACCAUAAAAGAUGACAACAGCAGCUCGGCCAACUUUUGAACCUGCGAGAGGUGGGAGAGGAAAGGGAGAAGGUGAUUUGAGCCAACUCUCAAAGCAAUAUUCAAGUAGAGACCUACCCUCUCAUACAAAGAUAAAAUAUAGACAGACCACUCAGGAUGCCCCUGAAGAGGUUCGGAACCGUGAUUUCAGAAGAGAGUUAGAAGAGAGAGAGAGAGUUGCUGCAAGAGAAAAAAAUAGAGAUCGUCCAACUCGAGAACACACAACCUCCUCUUCUGUGUCAAAGAAGCCUCGGUUAGACCAGAUUCCCGCUGCCAACCUUGAUGCAGAUGAUCCUCUAACAGAUGAGGAAGAUGAAGAUGAAGAUUUUGAAGAAGAGAGUGAUGAUGAUGAUACUGCAGCUCUUCUUGCAGAACUAGAAAAAAUUAAAAAAGAAAGAGCUGAAGAGCAAGCCAGAAAGGAACAAGAACAAAAAGCUGAAGAAGAAAGGAUUCGUAUGGAAAACAUUCUGAGUGGAAACCCUCUCCUUAAUCUCACUGGCCCAUCUCAGCCUCAGGCCAACUUCAAAGUAAAAAGAAGGUGGGAUGAUGAUGUUGUUUUCAAGAACUGUGCAAAAGGUGUAGAUGACCAGAAGAAAGACAAAAGAUUUGUCAACGAUACUCUGCGAUCUGAAUUUCACAAAAAGUUCAUGGAGAAAUAUAUUAAAUAGUACAGUUUUAUGUGCUUAAUUAAAGACUAUAAAAUGUAAAUGAUCAUUCUGACUUUAUUUGGGUUGGUGGUUGUUGGGGUUUUUUCUCUUUCUCCCCAUUUAAAUUGUGAAUAGGGUGCCCUAAUUUUAAGUUCUAAAAUAUCUUUUUCUUGAUUUACCUUAUUUGAUAAGGACUUGGGAAUUGGUUUAACCCAGUUUCCAGUCAUGUUUUCUUUUUAAUAUGAAAAGGUAAUCUGCUUGUAAUACGUGCUUUUAAUAAUCUAACCAAAUCCGUGUCCCCCAACUUUUUUGUUGAAAUGUAUGCAGCUUAUGAAGCAUUGCACUUUUUUUUGUGUGUAUUAUAUUUCUUUAUAUAUUAACUUUUUCUCAUUUCUCUAACAUGAAUUUAAGGUCAGUUAAUUCAUGAUAUCUUUUCUGUGUUUUUAACGAGCAUGAUGAAAGUUUAAAGGGAUUCCGUUGUGGCCCACAUGAUGGUAUGGAAGGGUAUCAUCAACCAGGAAGCACCUCGAUUGUGUGUCUGAGGAAGCACAGGGUAUCUUACUUCUGCAGAGGCUCCUUUCUUGGCCCAAGACGAGAGCUCCUGAAGCUGCCUUGGAAGCGUGUGGCACUUACCUUGUCCUGGAACUCAGCUCCCGUGUUUCUCUCAGUGAGAGAGAGCUUGCACACUGCCACACAUUAGAUGCAAAGCCUAGGAGAGUUACCAUCAAACGAUACAUGAAAUAAAACCUUUGGAAGUUGAA